ACUGCUGUUUUUUUUUCUUCGUAAGAGAAAUUAGAACUGAUUCAUUCAAGAUAAACUGACGCAAUGUUGAGUCACCUCUGUUUCUUAGUUUUGGUUGGAUGUGCGGCUGUCAUCAGCCAGGAAGACGCUCCAUUGCCAAGUCCAGAUUUCGAGCAAAAAAUUGCUGCAGCGGUUGACACAAUCAAACAGGCAGCUAAAGAGCUUGAGAAUGUUGAAGGUACAAAAGAUACAAGGGACCAGUCAUUGAAUGAAUACCUGUCUUCACCAAUGAAUCGUCGUUCCAACGAAAACCUCAUUAGAAAAAGCAGAGAUUUCUGGGGUACCGUUUGGACUGUCGCCAAAGUGGCUGGUGUAGCUGCUGCUGUCUUCGGGAAAUAAAAUCGUUUCAGAUUUGACGCUGUAAUGAAUUAAGAACUUUUAAUGACAAAUUUUGUCCACAGUUUAAAAUAGAAAAAAUGUAUUUGUGUCAAUGUCUUUAUUUGUUGUUUGAUUCAUACUACACAGCUGUUGAGCUGUAAGAAAAUUGGAGAUAGCAGCCACUGGAUUUUAAAAUAAACUUGUAAUUGAAAUUAAAAUACAAAA